CGGCCCUCGGGAACAGCGCGACGGCCCGCGGCGGCCCGGCGGCAUCGCUGCGGCGGGCGCGAGCGGGAUGCGGCGGCCCCCCGGGACCCCGGCGAGCCGGCCCUGACGCGGGGUCCCCGGCCUCCCAGUGCCCAGUUCCUCCGAGCCCGGCCCCGCGCGGAUGCCUCCCAGGAUGAAUGAGAUGAACCUGAGCCCGGUGGGGAUGGAGCAGCUGACUUCAUCCUCCGUGAGCAAUGCCUUGCCAGUCUCGGGGAGUCACCUGGGCUUGGCUGCGUCCCCCACUCACAAUGCCAUCCCUGCUCCAGGCCUGCCAGUGGCAAUUCCAAACCUGGGUCCCUCCCUGAGCUCUCUGCCUUCUGCCUUGUCCCUGAUGCUCCCCAUGGGCAUUGGGGAUCGAGGAGUGAUGUGUGGGUUACCUGAAAGAAACUACACCCUACCUCCGCCACCGUACUCCCACCUGGAAAGCAGUUACUUCAGAACCAUUCUACCUGGCAUCUUAUCGUACUUAGCAGACCGCCCGCCCCCGCAGUAUAUCCACCCCAACUCCAUAAACGUCGACGGGAACGCGGCCUUGUCUAUCGCCAACAACCCCUCGGCGCUCGAUCCCUACCAGCCCAGCGGGACCGUCGGCUUGGAACCGGGCAUCGUGUCCAUAGACUCGCGCUCUGUCAGCACACAUGGGGCCCAGAGUCUCCACCCCGGCGAUGGCCACGAGGUGGCCUUGGACACCACGAUCACGAUGGAGAACGUCUCCCGGGUGACCAGCCCCAUCUCCACCGACGGCAUGGCGGAGGAGCUGGCGAUGGACGGCGUGGCAGGCGAGCACCCCCCGAUGCCCACCGGUGCCCGCAGUCACGAGGCGCUGGCCGUGGAGUCCGUGAGCAGCAGCCUCGCAGCAGACCCCGUGGGCCACGGCGCCGUGCUCCCCCUCCACGGCAACGGCCUGGAGCUGCCCGUGGUCAUGGAGACGGACCACAUUGCCAGCCGCGUCGGCGGGAUGCCGGACGGUGCCCUGGGGGACUCCAUGCACACCGUGGCCAUGAGCGGCAACUCUGUAAGCGUGGCACUCUCUACCUCACACAACCUCGCCUCCCUAGAGUCCGUUUCCCUUCACGAAGUUGGCCUCAGCCUCGAGCCCGUGGCCGUCUCCUCCAUCACCCCGGAGGUUGCCAUGGGGACAGGCCAUGUAGAUGUGGCUACCGACAGUCUUUCUUUUGUACCACCUUCUCUGCAAAUGGAAGACUCCAAUUCAAACAAGGAAAAUAUGGCAACCUUGUUUACAAUUUGGUGCACGCUGUGUGACCGAGCCUACCCGUCAGACUGUCCUGAGCACGGGCCCGUGACCUUCAUUCCCGACACUCCGAUCGAGAGCAGAGCGAGGCUGUCUCUCCCGAAGCAGCUCGUUCUCCGCCAGUCAAUUGUAGGCGCAGAUGUUGGUGUGUGGACGGGAGAGACCAUUCCAGUGCGAACGUGCUUUGGGCCUCUCAUCGGCCAGCAGAGCCACUCCAUGGAAGUAGCCGAGUGGACGGAUAAGGCAGUCAAUCAUAUCUGGAAGGUCAGUAUCUACCACAAUGGAGUUCUAGAAUUCUGCAUCAUCACAACUGACGAAAAUGAAUGUAAUUGGAUGAUGUUUGUGCGCAAAGCCAGGAACCGGGAGGAGCAGAACUUGGUGGCUUAUCCCCAUGAUGGAAAAAUCUAUUUCUGCACUUCACAAGACAUCCCUCCUGAAAACGAACUGCUCUUCUAUUACAGCCGGGAUUAUGCGCAGCAAAUCGGUGUCCCUGAGCACCCGGACGUGCACCUCUGUAACUGCGGCAAGGAGUGCAGUUCCUACGCGGAAUUCAAAGCCCACCUGACGAGCCACAUCCACAGCCAUCUUCCCAGCCAGGGCCACGGCAGUGGCCACGGGCCCAGCCACGGCAAGGAAAGGAAGUGGAAGUGCUCCAUGUGCCCCCAGGCGUUUAUCUCCCCGUCUAAACUGCACGUCCACUUUAUGGGCCACAUGGGCAUGAAGCCCCAUAAGUGCGACUUCUGUAGCAAGGCCUUCAGCGAUCCCAGCAACCUGCGGACCCACCUCAAGAUCCACACGGGUCAGAAGAACUACAGGUGCGCCCUGUGCGACAAGUCCUUCACCCAGAAGGCCCACCUGGAGUCCCACAUGGUCAUCCACACGGGCGAGAAGAACCUCAAGUGUGACUACUGCGACAAGCUCUUCAUGCGGCGCCAGGACCUCAAGCAGCACGUGCUCACCCACACACAAGAACGCCAGAUCAAGUGUCCCAAGUGUGAUAAACUGUUCUUGAGAACAAAUCACUUAAAGAAACAUCUCAAUUCACACGAAGGAAAACGGGAUUAUGUCUGUGAAAAAUGUACAAAGGCUUAUCUAACCAAAUAUCAUCUCACUCGCCAUCUGAAAACCUGCAAAGGACCCACCUCCAGUUCCUCGGCCCAAGAGGAAGAGGAGGAGGAGGACUCUGAGGAAGAAGAACUGACGGACCCCGUGGGGGCGGGAGACUGUCGGGUCAGCAGCGCCGUGUAUGCAGACGAGCCUCUCUCUGCACGGAAAUGAAACCAAGAAGGAGACUUCUUUUGGGUGGAGAAGACAAAAGGAGCAACACAUGUAACCAGUUAUC